AUGUCUGACAGCACCUUCCACACCACCACUCAGGACAUCCGCAAGCCGGAGUCUCACGCUUCCCACGCUGCCAAGGGCAACACUCCCAAGGACUCUAAUGUUUCUGCCAUGAAGUCCAUCAUCGACCAGAACACAGACAAGAAGGCCGACAUUGAGAGCACCAAGGCCAACCUGCCUCUGCCAGACCAGCCCCCUGUCGCCAGUGACUGGAACUCUGCCGAUCAGCGCACUGUCAAUGUCGGUUCCGGCCGAUUUGAGGCUCCCAUCUCCGGCGACAACAACUCUGCCCUGCGCGGCCCCGCCACCGCAUCAAGCAGUGUCCGCGAGGACGGAUCGGAAACGCACAGGAACACACAGCCAACAAGCAAUGUUGGCCGGGGUAACCUCCCCGCCGAUGCCCAGGCUCGGUAA